AGGAGAAAGAGGAGGAGGAGGAGGAGAGCAGGGUGAAGAGCAGAGGAGGACGAGGGGAGGCCGAGACAUGACUGCACCAAAGACAGAGCCGAAAGGUGACCGAGCAGAUGUUCCGCGCGGACUCUCAGGCUGAUGGUCAGUCACUGUCCGGCUAAUGGAGCUGCAGUGAGCGCGCGCUGGAGCUGAAUGGGCAGAGACCUCGCGAAGAACUCACUGUCCAGAGCGUGAUGUCAUCUCCUGGAAUGGGCACCCCCAGUGACCCCCUCCUUGCCAGCCCGGGAGGGGACCGGCUUGGGAUUUCCCAGGAUGGAGCCUGGAGGCCGACCUUGUCCAAGACAUCCAGCUUCCCUUCGUCCACCACGCGCCACCUCAGCCACCGAGCCAACAACUUCCAGCGGCACCCCAAACGGCGGAAACUGAUCCGACCCUCGCCGCCCCCUCCGCCCAACACACCCUGCCCGCUGGACCAGCUGGACCUGAGCGAGCUGCCACCCCGCCGCACCUUCCCUGAGCUCCUCUUUAACGGCUGCAUUCUGUUUGGCAUCGAGUUCAGCUACGCCAUGGAGACAGCCUACGUUACUCCUGUACUGCUGCAGAUGGGCCUUCCAGAUCAGUUCUACAGCCUCGUGUGGUUCAUCAGUCCAAUACUAGGGUUUCUGCUUCAGCCAAUCCUCGGAGCGUGGAGUGAUCGCUGUACGUCGCGUUUUGGGCGUCGGAGGCCUUUUAUCUUUGCCUUGGCAAUUGGCGCUCUGCUCGGUCUGACGUUGGUGCUAAAUGGGCGGGACAUCGGCUCGGCGCUGGCAGACACGGCUGACAAUCACAAGUGGGGCAUUGUGCUGACGGUGUGUGGGGUGGUCCUGAUGGACUUCAGUGCUGACUCGGCCGAUAACCCCAGCCAUGCGUACAUGAUGGACGUGUGCAGCCCAGAAGACCAAGACAGAGGGCUUAAUAUCCAUGCACUUCUGGCAGGUCUGGGUGGCGGAUUUGGCUACAUUGUGGGCGGUGUCAACUGGGACCACACCGAGUUCGGGAAGUCGAUGGGAGGCCAGCUUCGGGUCAUCUAUCUCUUCACCAGCAUAACGCUCAUAGCCACUAUAGCCAUGACCCUCACUAGCAUCCCCGAGCGACCUCUUGUGCCAAGCCAGUCUCAGAGCAGAAGCUCCAGAAACCUGAAGAGCCCUAACCUCCCCCUGCCGCCGUCCCCUCCACCACCAGCUGGAGCUGCUGCCCACCGGGAGGAGGAAGAGGAGGAGGAUGCCCUGUACAGCUACCAGUUUUCUGGCCACAGGUACCCAGAUUCUUUGGGUCACUCUUGCAGUGCCAAUGCAAGGCUCUGUGCAGGUCUGAAUAGCCCCAUCUCCCCCCUCAGCCCCCUAACGCCCAAAUACGGCAGCUUCAUUAGUCGGGACAACACUUUAACCGGGAUCAAUGAGUUUGCCUCAUCCUUAGGGACAUCAUACAUUGACAGUGUGCUGAUUGACUGCUACACUGGACAGCAAACACCCCAGCCGCUGGACCGUGAGGGAGUAGCGCCUUCCCUUCCCCCAGGAGACACACCCCCUGCUCAGGUGUCACAACCAGUAGCAGCUCCUGCUCCAACUGAUGAUCCACAGCAAAGAGAAUCGGCACAGCCAAAUGGAGGUUUGCAUGGAACUGAAAGGUUGCAGGAGACUGAAGAAGUCCAAGCCAUUGAUUAUUUGGAGCCCACCGAGGGCCCAGAGCCAAGCGAAGCACCGCAGGCUGGAUCGCAGAGGGGCAGUACCUCAGGGAUCCUGAAACGCCCUCAGAGCCUGGCCUUAAUGGAUGACCCGCUGAUCAUUCCCAGCACUGGACUGGAAAAUGGGCGCAGGCGGACAGUAACUUUCAGCCAACAGGUCGCGAACAUCCUCCUGAAUGGCAUGCGUUAUGACAGUAACCUCAGCGACAGCACGGAAACCAUAGACACUCAGAUGUCUAUGAAGCUGCUCUGCAUCGCCAUCUACAGGAUGCCCCCAUCACUGCGCAGCCUGUGCAUCAACCACUUUCUGGGCUGGCUGUCGUUCGAGGGGAUGCUGCUGUUCUACACGGAUUUCAUGGGGGAAGUUGUGUUCGAGGGGGAUCCCAAAGCGCACCACGACUCCAAGGCUUAUCAGCGCUACAACGCCGGGGUCAGCAUGGGCUGCUGGGGCAUGUGCAUCUAUGCAUUCAGUGCUGCUUUCUAUUCAGCCAUUCUGGAGAAGCUGGAGGAACGUUUCUCGCUGCGCUCACUGUAUUUCUUCGCCUACCUGGCGUUCGGUCUGGGCACGGGUCUGGCCACACUGUCCACCAACCUGUACGUGGUGCUUUCCCUGUGUGUGACCUACGGAGUGCUCUUCUCCUCUCUCUGCACGCUGCCUUACUCACUGCUCUGCGAAUACUACCAGAGCCCACAGUUCUGUGGCUCGUCCGAGGAUGGGACCAGGCGGGGCAUGGGGGUGGACAUCUCUCUGCUCAGCUGCCAAUACUUCCUCGCCCAGAUUCUGGUCUCUGUGGCGAUGGGCCCUCUGACCUCACUGGUGGGCGGGGCCCAGGGCGUGAUGUACUUUGCCAGCCUGAUGUCAUUUGUAGGCUGCCUGUACUCCUCGCUGUGUGUGGUGUACCAGCUGCCACCUCCGGAGGGUGAGCACCCGCAGAGUGAGAGCCAGCCACUACUGGCAGAGCGGACGUUGAGACUGGGGUGUGAGUGACUACAGCUCAGCCUUACGGAGCAGGCGUCCAAAAGCGGAAGAAACGGGCCAAACCCCUUUAUCGGUUUGGCGGCGUGCAGGAGAUCAGGAAGACACAUUGUGAACAGUGACUAAGCUGGACUGUCCUGAGCUCUUUCAUAUGAGGUGUGCUUACAAGCUUGGUAAAAUGUGCAGGGGAUGCUUUCCCAGUGGCCACUAGGGGGCAGACCUUCAUGCUUCUCAUUUGGAACAACACAAAAUGUCGAACUCUUCUGUGCGCCGAGAUCACCGAGGGCAAGUUUUUCCAAAGUUUUGCGGUUGGGUUUUGCCUCCUGGCCUGGGUUCAGCCCUGACACCCAGCGGUUCAAAGGCUGUUUCAGGAAUUUAAAGGGAAAUUCCACAGAUUUUUUUUAAAGUUCCUGCAUAAUUCAGUCAUUGGAAUGUAAGUCCUUCACAGUGAUUGAUGUAAAAUGGACUUGCACAGUGACUUGGACUUCUCUACAGUGGUGGUGAUAGGAACCAGGGGUUGCAAUGUCUGCAGUGUUUUGUUUACCACCCAAAUUAGUAAACACAUCUUCUGACCUAACAUGUCAUGUUGGCAAUGAGAAAACAGUGGUAAGUGGUGGUUUAUGUUUUUCUUCCUGUACUAUUUUUCCCUACAGUGCCCUUCAAGGCUUUUAAAAAGGGGUCAUCCCAAAGAUCCCAGGGUCCACGUUCCCCGGGCCUUUUAUUUUGUCUUUGAAAUGUCAUGGCCCUGUGUUUCCUCUUCCUAAAUUUAGAGACCUCAAUGACCCUCCAAUUAAUUCUUUAACAUGGCCCCAUCAUCUCCCUCUUUGGGGAAUCCCGGGAUACCAUCUAAAGUUUGUUACUUAAUUCGGUCCCACUUUAUAUUAAGGGUCCCAAAUAACUGUGUAGUUAUAUGUGAACAACUUAUGCAACAACAGUGUAACUACUAAUGUUUUAGUCACUGUUACAGGUGGAUUACAGUUGUUCUAUAGGUACAGUGCAAUUCAGAGUGGUAAUUAUAGAAUGACAAUUAAUGUGAUGUGAUUAGUUACCUUGAAUAUUCCACAGUAAUAAUGUAAAAUAAUGUAAUACGUAAAAAAAACCUGAUCUGGUGUAUCAAAAAGAUAUCCUUCUGUAAUUACAAGGGGCAAAAUAUACAUGUGUAAUUACACAGGCUGUACUGCUGUUAUCCACCUGUAACACUGAUUAAAUCAUCAGUAGUUACAGUGCUGUUAAAUAGGCUAUUGAUGUGUAACUACACAGUUAUUAGAGACACGUAAUAUAAAGUGGGACCCUUAAUUCUUCUAACUUAGCAAGCUAAGGGCUACAGAAAAGCAGCAACUAAAGAGGGCAGAGCACCCCACUGAAACCAGACAAAGCCAUUCGUAAUGUUUAUGCUACACUUCGACUUCUCAAACAUAGUUUUGUUAAGCUAACUAGCUCUCUGAAGCACAGAGCAUUCCCAUUUUUCCAAAAAUUCAGCUUCUAAGCUCCCUGUAUGACCUUUGAUGACCCCAUGAUGUGAUCAAAGGCUACCAUGCCCUUGAGGAGCCUUUCAUGAGUUCCCUUAAUGGGUCAUAUAAAGAGAUAACCACUGGGCUCCAGGAACAUACGACCCUGUGCACGUAAAUACAUAUAUACCUAUACAGAUGCAUUUUAAGGUAAAACAUCCUCACAUAACUUUGCAUUGUAUACACAAUCAUUUUCAGCUUUUAAAGACGCAACACCCUUCAAACAUCUGGUUCCUGUCACUACAGCUGUGAAUAAGUCGGGCUCAGUAAGUUUCAUCUAAAUUGGCGUAUUCAAGCACUCGGAUUGGCUGUUUACAUCCUAAUGAUUUAAUUAGGUAGGAAUUUUGUGAAAGUGGUGGAAUUUCGCUUUAAGCCAUUCUGUAAAGCAAAAACUGAUCAGUGACGUUUUGAUCGACUGUCCCCAGGAAACAUUCAACCCAAACAAAUGAAUAAAGCUUAUAAACCCAGUAACAUUUUC